AUGUUUUGCCACCGCAGAUUGAAGGAUAAGAGAAUCGUAAAUGGUGAGUUAAACCCACCUGGUAGACAGGAUCUUUCAAGUGGUGUUAUACAAGAUCGUGGUAGUGGACUAAGGCAGGAUUCGUGCAGUAGCACCAAACAAGGUGAUUAUAGGCUUUCUGAUGUGAGGGAGGUUGAGAGUCGGAGAUUUGGUCAUAACGAUCUUCCUGCUGCUGAGAUAAAAUAUGAGCGAAGGAUGCUUGAUGAUGGAACUGAGAUGGAUGAUACAUCUUCAGAAAGUAAUUCAGCUUUGCCAGGGAGCUUUUACCCUCAUAAUAGGAGUCCUUUGAAUGUCGAAACAACUGAAUACGGCGCACCAAAUGGAUUAAUUGCUCCAAACAAGAGGCGUGUGGGGCCCUCAGGAUACUUGAAAUUAAGGUCAACAGAAAAUGCUGCUGUAACUGCAGUCAAGAGACAAUUAGGAAGCAUUAUCGGGAGGAUGUUUGAUCCACUUCCUCCAGGUGCUUUUGAAUCACCAAGCAAGAUUGCUAAUACUGAUGCUUAUGGACUUGCAGAACCCAUUGCCUUCUUGCUCUUUGACAUUGGGUCAUUAAUAAGCGACCUGGCCUUAACGGCAAUACGAAAUCAGGACAAGUAUGUUGCUCCUACAGACUACAGAUCCUUGCAUAAGUCUGACCCCGACAGUUUUGCUUACCGCCAACCUAAACAAAAAUCACCUUUCCCUAAUAACGGUCGUGCUUUCCCAGUCCAGAAGUCUUCUUUUUGUGCGGAUUCUUACCCUGCUAGAGAAAAUCCAGAUUAUGAUGGUAGUGUGAACCACAUAUCCAGCGCAAGCAUGAAACCCCAGAAGAAGCGAAUCGAUUCCAGAUCUGCUGCUGUACCAGUUAGGCACAAGGACCCCAUGGUUAAAGAGGAUAGAGUACCACCUAGCAGGAUGAAGAAGGAUGAAGAACUUUAUGCAGACAGAAGGUCGAUAGGUGAACCCCAUGAUUCAAUCAAAUUGAAGAUGCGUCCGACAAAUGAGCUUAGAGCUGGCAAGAUGGAAGAGAGGAUUUUUGGCAGGAAGAUUUUAGCAUCAGAUCUCAAGAGCCGCCACAGUGUCAAGACAGAUAAAGGAUCAACAGAAUUGCCAUCGAGUUUUAGUGAGGACGAAACUGCAGAAACAAGCUCCUCCAUGGACUGA